AUGAAAAGAUUCCUCGUGGCCGUCUGUUUGGCGUUCUUGGGAGCAGAAAUGGCGCUAGCCCAUAACGAACAAUCGUUACAAGAUUUAUCGAUAACGGUGUCGGGCCAGACUCUGGACUGGCCUUGUCAGAGUACAAAGAACAUCUACGAGACCAGCGGUCGUUACAUUGCCAGGAAUGUGAUCGCCACCAGGGCACAGGUGUACAAGGAUCAAGUGAUCCUGGCAAUGCCACGCUACAAGCCUGGCGUACCCUUCACUCUUGGUUCCGUUUCCAUCAAGGCGAAACACUGUUCGCCAAAGGUGACUCCGUUCCCUUGCUGGGCGAUCCAGGAAGAAGGGAACUGCCAGGCUCUGCAGAGCGCCGUCGACAUUGUCCUGGACAUGCAAGACAUCCUCUGGGUUCUUGACGUUGGCAUCGUUAACACUCUGGAGCAACCUGUGCGAAGAUGUCCCCCCAAAGUGGUCGGAGUGAACGCUAGGACUGGAAAGGUGGUAAAGGUGAUCGAUCUGAGUGCGUUGGUGGAUGCGUCGUCUCGCCUGCAAUACAUGGCCGUCGACUACGCGGAGGAUGGUCAGGUUUACGUGUACGUUUCCGACGCCGGCACCAGGGCCAUAAUCGUUUACAACGUCACCGCUGAUAGCGGGUAUCGCGUGGUGCUUCCGAGGGCAGUCACUUCCGGGGCUGAAAAGAAGGACGCGCUCUACUUGGCGCUAAUCAGGAGAAGCUGCGGCACGCAGCUACUCUAUUUCACCUAUCUGGGCUCUAACCGAAUCUUCGCCAUCAGAGCUACCAACCUGAGAGCCGGAAACGCAAACGGAUCCGUAGCGGAGGUUGGCACGAAGAAAAACAAAAUCGUCUUACUGGGAACCGACAACGGAUCGGCGAUCUUCUUCAGAAUUAAAGGCGACGCGAACAUCUACAUGUGGAACACAGAGACUCCGUUCGUGAUGGACAACUUCCUGUUGGUCCAAAAGGGCAGCGAUUGCAGACUGCCAACCGCAGUCAUCCCCGGUUACAAGAGACUCAUGUGGGUGAUCGAGAGCAACUUCCAGGAUUAUAUCGAGAACACUGUCAGCUGUUCUGGCGCCUCUGUCUCUCUUCAUCCCUUGAUGAACACUUGCGACGAUCAGUAUUAAAGAUUUUUCAA